CAGCUGGGCGAGGGAGCGUGGUGGAGCCGGCGAGGGGGAGUUGCCAGUGACAGCUGUGACGGUAACAUUGCUAGUUAAAGAAGGGUCCUCUGCUGUCCUUUUCCUAAAUUUGAAUCGUCAUCAUGGCAGUUCCGGAGAAUCUGACUAAGAUCUUUAAAUAUGUUGACGACAACAAGGCCCGAUUUAUUGAUGUACUCCGGGAAGCUGUUGCCAUUAAGUCUGUGUCUGCCUGGGCGGAAACAAGAGGGGAGAUUAAGAAGCAGAUGGAUUGGGCCAAAGCCAAGCUAGAGGCUUUAGGUGCAUCAUGUGAACUGCAUGAUAUUGGACAGCAGACCCUUCCAAAUGGGACAAAGAUUCCCCUGCCACCUGUGUUGUUUGGCCAGCUGGGCACUGACCCAAAAAAGAAGACUGUUUGCGUGUAUGGUCAUUUGGAUGUGCAGCCAGCAUUGAAGGAAGAUGGAUGGGACACAGAACCAUUCGUCUUGACGGAGAAGGAUGGAAAAUUGUAUGGUCGUGGAUCAACUGAUGACAAAGGCCCAGUCAUUGGCUGGAUUCAUGCCGUUGAAGCUUUCCAGAAGACAGGACAAGAGAUUCCAGUUAAUAUCAAGUUUGUCUUUGAGGGAAUGGAGGAAUCAGGCUCUGAAGGCUUGGAAGAGCUUUUGAAAGCCCAGAAGGACAAGUUCCUGAAAGGCACUGAUUUUGUUUGCAUCUCCGACAACUACUGGUUGGGGAAGAAGAAGCCGUGCAUUACUUAUGGCCUUAGGGGCAUCUGUUAUUACUGCAUUGAGGUUGAAUGUUGUGCUAAGGACCUGCAUUCUGGUGUAUUUGGUGGAACUGUGCAUGAAGCUAUGGCAGACCUUAUUUACCUUAUGAAUACCCUUUUGGACAGCAAAGGCAAUAUUCUUGUUCCAGGAAUUAUGAAUGAGGUAGUACCUGUAACUCCAGAAGAAGAGGCUCUGUACAAAGACAUUGAUUUUGAUGUGGAAGAUUAUCGCAAGGAUCUUCGCCAUGAGAGAUUAGUUCAUCACAAUGACAAGACCAAAACUCUCAUGGCAAGGUGGAGGAACCCAUCACUCUCAUUGCAUGGCAUUGAAGGCGCAUUCAGCGAGCCUGGUGCCAAAACUGUUAUCCCCCGCAAAGUAAUUGGCAAAUUCAGCAUCCGCAUUGUCCCCAAUCAGACUCCUGAAUCGGUGUCCAAGCUGGUUAUUGAUUACCUCAACAAGCAGUGGGAAACCCGUCAGAGCCCUAACAAAAUGAAGGCCUUCUUCUUCCAUGGUGGCCGCUGUUGGAUGUCAGACACUACCCACCCCAACUAUGAGGCAGGGAGAAGGGCCACCAAAUAUGUCUAUGGUGUUGAGCCUGAUCUGACCCGUGAGGGAGGCUCCAUCCCUGUCACACUGGUGCUCCAGGAAGUAACUGGCAAGAAUGUGAUGUUGCUACCCAUGGGUGCCUGUGAUGAUGGAGCACACUCUCAGAACGAAAAGAUCAACAUCACAAAUUACAUUGAAGGGACCAAACUGUUGGCAGCAUACCUCAAUGAAGUGGGCCGUGAUUGAUAGCUCUACACAAGAAAUAACCAAGAAUGACAUCAGGCUGUUGUAUGAUGUGCAUUACAGUAUCCAUGGUCUCAAUCUAUUGAGAACCUUAACCUAAUGUUCUAAAGGUUGUGUAUAAUGUCAUUGUGCUUAGCCAAGGGAUUCCAUAUGGCAAGCCCAGUGUAAUAAUUCAGAAUUAUGCUUUACUGUGUAAAAAAGUAAAUGAAUAAAGGCACAGCAAAAAGUAAACAUUAAAAUGCAUUGAAAGCUUAUGGAUACUGAUAUAAAACAGUAUCUCACAGUUGUACCUAUUGCUCAAGAACUGAAUAUUUGUAA